AAUGUUUGCAAAUAACGCAAAUAUUCCUAAUAUAAAACACGAGAAAACACUCAUCCAGAUCAUCUAAAAAAAUUUCCAAUUUACACUGCAAAGUUUUCACUCUCAAGUUCACAAUGGCUUUGGUGCCUUUCCAAAGAUCCAAUUCCUAUAUUCGAUCAUCAUCAUCAUCAUCAUCAUCUUCGUCUUCUCAUCCUGUUCAAUGGACAUACGAUGUGUUUUUGAGCUUCAGAGGCGAAGACACUCGCGACAAUUUCCUCAGUCAUCUCUAUAAAGAGUUGAAUCGAAAGGGAAUCAACACCUUCAUAGACGAUAAAGAGCUCCAAAGAGGGAAAAAAAAUUCGCCAGAACUCCUCAAAGCUAUUGACGAAUCAAUGUUUUCGAUUGUCAUCAUAUCGGAAAACUAUGCUUCGUCAAGUUGGUGCUUGGAUGAACUUGUGAGGAUACGUGAAUGCAAUGAUGCGAGGGGGCAAAUCGUUUAUCCAGUUUUUUACCGUGUGGAUCCAUCGGAAGUGCGAAAACAAAAGGGGAAUUUUGGGAAACGAUUUGAUGAAUUGGUUUCUAAGCUUCAGAUGGAGAUGGAGAUGGAGAUGGAGAUGGAGAAGGUUCAAAGUUGGAAGAAAGCUUUGAAGGAAGUAGGCAAUUUAGCAGGCUUCACUUUCCCAAAUCCAGCAAUUGGGUAA